UGGAAACUCGGUAUCUCGGUUAGCCGUUAGCUGACAGAAGCUGCCGCUGAGCCCCAGCACUGAGUGUGUGUUGAUGGUGGACUGUUCCCGGUGAAAAAUACCGACCCACGGCCGCACGAAAAUGCCUGUGCACCACGUGUAAACGACCGAAAGUGUUAGAGGGAGAGAGUCCGGUGUCCACACGGGUUUAGAGCCAAACGACAGCAGGAUGUUGCAAGUUUUAGCUUGUGGCGCCGUAGUUUUCCCCGGUCUGUUCUUCGCCUUCAGGAGGAUCCUGCCGUGUGUGUUCAAACACUGGAGCGAUGCCGACGUGGUGCUGGUCAGCGAGAGACUGGUGUCCUCCAUCCAUGCUGCCAUGGCAACCACAGCAGGAGUCAUUGUUGUGUCGUCAUGCCGGGGAAACGUCAUUAAUGACAGGCACUGGCUGGCCACCUACUUUGUCAUCUGGUACGGUGUCCCCUACAUGACGUACGACAUCUUCGCCAUGUACCUCAGUCACUACUACCGCUUCCGUGUCAAAGGGCAUGAGGACUACAAGCAGCAUUCAUUGAGGACUGUAAACUCCUUCGUCCGCAGAGAGUUCCUGCUGGUGCUGCAUCACAUCGCCCUGCUCACCAUCCUGCUGCCUGUCACACUGUUCUUCAGAAAGGACCAGGGGGAUUUCUUCAUCGGCUGCUUGUUUCUAACAGAGCUCAGCACACCCUUUGUCUCCAUGGGGAAGAUACUUAUUCAGCUCAGCCUCCAGGACUGCUGGCUGCACAAGGCCAAUGGUGGCAUAGUACUGCUCACCUUCUUUAUGUGCCGCAUCGCCCUCUUCCCCUACAUGUACUGGAUGUAUGGCCGUCACUAUGGCAUCCCCCUGUACAGCGUGCCCUUCCACCUGCCGCUGUCCACCAACCUGGGCAACUCGUGCAUCCUGGCGCCGCAGGUCUACUGGUUCGUCCUGCUUUGCCGAAAGGGCUACCGUCUGUACCAGCGCAGUCGCAUGCCAGACAUGUCUUCGCCGGCCGCUGUCACUGACAAUACAAAGGAUGAUUGAUAUCCACUUCCCAACUGCUCGCUCAAGCCGCACACUCAGCUACUAAUGCAACUCAACCCCACCAUUUGUACUGUAGUACACCAGGACUGCCUGCUCUUGUUCCACAACUCCUGGGCAUUUCUCCGCACACUUUAACUCCUCCGUUACAAACCUGCUGCCUAAGUGGACCUACUACUCUACUACUGAAGUUUGGUGAUUUUGGUUUUAAUUUUUUUCCUUUUUUGGGAGAUUUGGCUCCUGCCUGGAUCUUGUUGAAGUGCUACACUGUGUCUGUCUACAUUUACAACACUGAAGAAAAGGUCAUGAUCGCCUCACUGCAUGUAAAAUGUGGAGCACCAGAAACUAAAGAGGAGCUUCCGCGGAGAGACAUUAUCUUAUCUCUCACUCCUACUGUGUUUACAGCUGCUGCUGAUUGGGAAGGUCUGUUACAGUGUGUGUGAGCGGCUGUUACGACAGGCUGUGUUUAAUUUAAUGUUUUUUUUGCUGUAAGAGUGAUGUGUCAGAUAGCUGCUUUUCCUCUCCCAUCCCUUCAUGUAUCAUAAAAAGGUCUAGGAACUGUGAUGGGUGGGUUAUAAAUUCAGGCAGUAUUAGCAGGAAAAAACUAUGAGGAAUACAGGUCACUUCAUCCACAUUUCAAAGGUAAAACAGCUAUACUCUUUGCACCCAGUUAACGUGAUAACUUCAGACUUUUCAUUUUAUUGCACACGCGGCAAAUCACAAAUCAAUAAUCCCACCUUCCUCACAAUUUUUUGCCGCAUUUUUUUUUUUUGACAAUAGUGAAGAUUUUCAGGGCUUCGGUUUGACAGUAACCUCUGUAGCCAUGUUUACACAGCAGAUCUCUGCGUGUUUUGAAACAUUGCGUCAGAGAAAGUUAGUGAAAGCUACAACAUUUGAUUUUUUUGUGCACUCCCAUUAUGCACGCAGAGAGUUUGUGUGCAUAAUGGGAGAUGUUCACACCUUUUCAAAUAAGUUCUUGUGAAGCAAACAGUUAACUUGCAUGACUGAUUAGCUGUUUUGUUGUCUUCUCCUCAGUACAGCAUGAAACAUGUCUGACAUCAGCUGACAUGAAAAAAUAAUUACAGCUUUCUCAAUUCAAAGCAAGUCAUGAAGAAUUCUAUCCAUUUUUCUCCUGUAUGUGAACUCAUUUUUGGUUUUUUUUUUCAUCUUCUUUGAUGCUGCAAACAACUGGUUUUGCUUCCUGCUUUAGCCUAUAGUGCCGCCUUCUGACACUACACAGUUUAUUCUCUCCAAAUCAGGUCAUGGAAGCAAUUCUUUUAUUCCAGACUUUUUGUGACAUUUAAGCAGCUCGCUUCAAAUUCACCUGACAGUUAUAUGGAAACAUGGCUAAUGUCCUGGCAAGCCAAUCUUAAUUUUUUGCAGAAUUUGGAUCCGUUUGAGAAACAUGCAAACCACAUUGCUCUCAAAGUCUGAAUAAUAAUAAUAAUAAUAAUAAUAAUAAUAAUAAUAAUAAUACAAAGCCAUGAUUGGAUGAGAAAUAUCCCUCUACAACAAAAUAUAGUGCUUUUAAACUGGCUUUCACCCAAGGGGAACGAUUCUCAAAGUUCUGUUUUUGAAUUCCUGCUGUGGUACUGUAUAUUGUUUGUGUAUGUGAGGGUUUCAUAAAAACAAAAUCCCUGUUUAAAUUACUUUUGAGCAUUUUGGCUGCCCGUCUGAUAACCAGAGGUGAUGCAGAUCAGCUUGAGAUGCCUCUGAGGGUCAAAAGUCAGUCAAAUCUGCCUCUCAGACAUACAUUUAGAGGGUGAUAUGAUAACGCAUAAUGUGGGUUUAAGGUCGGAUGGUUCCCAACUGAACUCAGGGCCAAGGUCAGAGCAAUAAGGUGAGCAGAAAACACUUAAGCAGAAGAUUAAAAUUUCCACACAGAAAAAAAGGAGUGUUAUUAGCAGGUGUGAUUGCUGACAGUUUAGUUUCUCUGAAGCUCCAGAGAUCUAUAUGCACUUGUGUAUCACUUAACACACAGAGUUGUUUAUACUUUACCAUUCUUAGUGUUACCUCAUGUUUUACUUUCACUAGAAAGAUUGUUUUAAAACUUAAACCUACUGUAUAUCUUGACAAUGUGACGAGUGAGAGGACCAUUUUUGUCAUGCAUAAAGACGUUUAUCUUAAAAACUUUUUCGUAAUGAAAGUCUCAUGCUUCAGUUUUGAUUAUUUCUCUAUCAAAGAAUAGAUGCUGCAGGAUUAGUUUCGUACAAAAUCUUACCCUUGAAGUUGAUUUAACGCCUUUAAUAAUAAUUGUAGUGGUGGUGAGGAAUGCCUUAAUGGCCUUUUUUUGUGUUCUGUUAAGUCAAUCUAUGCAAAAGGCGCUGCGAUGCAUGUGUGCAACACUAAUAUCAAGUCAUAACUAAGUGAUCCAUGGCUCUCCUGUUAUCUAAUUUUGGGACUUGACAUUUAUUUCUUUUGUACAUUUCUACUCCACACCCCAGAUCAUGGUUUCGCGUUGCAAUUCAGCAGUUCGCUUGUUUUUUAAAAUUUCCCUCACAUCACAUUUUAAUAAAUUCAUAAUCUUGUAAUACUCAAAAUAAUAACUAUAAAUUGGUUAUAAUCGUUUUAGUGCACUUGGACACAUUUGCAGCUGCAACUCAGUUUUCAAAUUGUGCUGCGUUAUACUGACUUCAUAGGGCUGUUGCAGCUAAUAUGAAAAACUACUUCAAUACAGGGUGGCAUGGUGUACAGUGGUUCACACUGUAGCCUCAUAGCAAGUUUCUGGGUUCAAACCUACUGGUAUGUCUUCUUUGGAUGCUCUGACUUUGGUCCAAAGACAUGCGGUCGGUUGCGGGUCCAGGUGUAGCGAAUGGACGUAUGGAUUGAAUGUAGCUUACAUAACCUCAAUCCUAACUAAUUAACUAGAAUGGACAUGGCUGACAGGCCUUUGUCAUCACAGCAUUUUCAAAUGGCUGCCAACAACCCUACUUUUACUCACUUUGUUAUGUCUUUGGUGUCAAGUCCAAAACCUUUCCACAGUUUACUUACUGAGAUGGUUUUAUUUGACCUGUUUCCUACAUUUUUUACAUUUUGCAUUAAUACACCUUCCUUACUUUUGCUGAUCUGAAUUAUAAAUCAGCCACAAUGUUAAAACCACUGUUCAAAUACUGCAUAGUCUCCCCUUGUGCUGGACAGGACAAUAGCUCGAACCUCUGGGGCUGUCUGGCACCAGGGCAUUGACAACUGUUAACCGAUUAUUUGCCCUUGAUAAUUUAACCAUCCAUCCAUUCUCUACACACCACUUUAUCCUCACUAGGGUCGCGGGGGUUGCUGGAGUCUAUCCCAGCUGACUCGGGCGAAGGCAGGGGACACCCUGGACAGGUCGCCAGUCUGUCGCAGGGCUACAUAUACACACAAACAAUCACACUCACAUUCACACCUACGGGCAAUUUAGAGUCAUCAAUUAACCUCAGCAUAUUUUUAGACUGUGGGAGGAAGCCGGAGUGCCUGGAGAAAACCCACACAUGCCCAGGGAGAACAUGUAAACUCCAUGCAGAAAGAUCCCAGGCUCAGGAUAAUUUAACCAAUUUUGAAAAAUAUUAACCGAUAAGGCGGAAAGCUACAUCAGACUGUAUUGUAAAUUAGCUGUUGUACCUGGUUUCACCAUCAGGUGCAGCCUCCAGCUGUUUGUUUUUUGUGGCGUUAAUACCUACCGACCAGAACAACAUAUUCAAUGUGAGCUUUGACUCACUACGACUGUGUUUUUGAAGCUAUAUCAGCAACUUAUGUCACUUGUCAGUUAUCAAAAAUAGCUACCAUGUUGUCAAUUUAUUGAUUGAUACUGCCUCCAAUCAUCAAUUAAGGAAAUAGUCAGUUGUUCAAAUACAUCCUAUAGCGUCCUGUGAAAUGUUUUGAACAGUUCCUGAACAGUGUUGCAGCAUUACCCUGCCAGAAAAGUGCCAUCAUUUCAUCUGUCAGGGAUUUUAAUAUUGUGGCUGAUUGGUUUAGAGAAGAAUCGGCACACAAAUUUAUCGAAAAUUUUGUGAAAUAUGCUAAGAUGAGCUCCAAUAUGCUAUCAGGCUGAGUGUGUCGUAUUAAGCGAGGAUGUCUUUCACUGCUUGUAGAUUCAGCUGUUAAUACCUAGAUUACUGUUGGGAUUAAAGCGACACUUCAUAUUAGACACCUUCUCUGCUGGCUCAGAAGGCUCGACCUGCAGAGUUUAAUGUAAAUACUUAACCGUCAAUUCAAACGGUGCUUCUCUUAAAAAGAGAGUCGUGACUUCAGUGUGGGGGAAAGGUGCCGAGUUCUCUUGUUAGUUGAAGGCCUGUUUGCUGACCAGCAGCGCAAGGAGAGGCGAGCUUGCUGAAUGAUGGGCUUGUUUGUCUGGUUUGGCUGUGGCCCAGCAGAGUGCUCUUUUAUGGCAGAUCAGGCUACCGUUACUGGAAACAUCCUGUGGUCUUUGUUCAGCUAAAUUCUCCCACUCUCUUCUUGUGAUGUCUCUGACAGCCUGUCAAACAUAUACACCUUCUCAAACAGUGUGUCACUAUAGUCAGACAUCUAAACUUAUUUAAGAUUCAGAGCUGCAGGUCAUUCCUUCUUAUGUCUUCUCCCUCCUAGAUUUGAGCUCAUCUGUUUGCACUGCAGCUUUAGAAAGUUGUAGGGAUAGUCAGCAGAUCAUAGCAAGCUCUCCAUCCUCUCUGCUGCCAUCUGUCGUCAGGAUUAUCCACUGCUCGUCUACUCAGCAGUUUACAGGCCGCGCAACUGUGCAUGUCUCCUAUGCAGUCAGCUGAGAUUUACACAUCUCAGUUUCCAGCCACCGUGACCUCACCCUCCAAGAAAUGCACUGAAAAAAAAGACAUAGUCUGCUUUUAUUGUUCAUAUUUUAACAAGUAAUUAUUUAAACUUGAUCAUUUUAGCUGCAAAAAAAUAAAAAUUAUAAUCUGUACUUAAACAGCAUUUCAACCAGAACUUUAUUUUUGUUUAAUUUUGGGUGUAAAAGCUUUUUAAAAUAGUGUUAUUAUCAUCACAACCAUCCUAAAAUCAAGCCUGUAUUGGUAAUUUGAGCUUUGUAGAAAAUACCAGUUUGACUUUUUCUCGAAAUACUUAAGAUUUUCAAAAAAAAAACUUUUGCCCAGGACUCAGAUUUUGAAAACUUCCCUGAACAGCUAAAUACACAUGAAUUUUAGUAGCUGGACAGAUGAGGUUUUAACAGCAGUUUUAGGCUUAGUUUUGAAAUCAUGGAACAAAUGUUUAAAUAUUUUUACAUUCCACGAUUUUUGAUAAUGUUUUAUGCCCAUCAAAACUAAUUUUUUUCUUUCUAUUUUAAAUAGUUUUGUAUUUAAGCUUGUUAUUCUUUAAUUUAAAAUGCAAGUUCAAGGCAAGUUAUGUAUUUGUAAGGAUGUUUUAUUCAAAAAUGAAUUGAAAUUUAUUUUCUUGCACCCAAAUUGACUAACUCAGACUCCUAAAAAAUAUGUCAAUAAACGAUUAAUUAUUUGAUCUGAAGUCAGCCGAGAGCUUACCGCGCUGACCAUACUAGCUCUUUUGAGUUUCAUAGCCAAGGGAAGGACAAGCCACAUUACUUCCAUUGCUAGGAGUGUGGAUCACUGCCACAUAAAACCAUUAGAAAAAUCAUUGUGAGAGGUAAAAGACACAAGGAGUGCACAUAUCUAUAUAUCACUCACUAUAUUCUUAAUAUAGGAAAUCUUAAAUUUUUCCUUUUUGCUCAGGGUUUGAUGUAGUUUGAUAAAAAUUGUUAACAUACUGUAUGUGUGCAUAGAGCUUUAUUGUACGGUGUUGAAACUGUGAGACUGAUUCUGGAGAUGAUUACAUCUAAAAUAGUGUACUGGUUCUUUUCUGUAUGUGUUUUUGUUUUGUUUUGUUUUUCCUUUUAGAGUGGUGUUCUACAUAUGCUUCCUGACAUGGCUUGUGAUACUUCAACUAGUAAGGGUUGGUAAACCAAAGAUUGUCAGACACUUUAGCUAACAAAACUAGUAAUAUGAAGAAAUUUUCAUAAGACUUUCACCACUUUAGGCAUACUUUAUAUGAUUUGUCUUAAUAGCUAAGUUACCCACCUCUCACUAUCCUCCGAUCUUAUCCUCUUUGUUUUGGUCCCAGAGAGUGACCAGUAUUUGGAUGCAGUGGAAAAAACACUCACUUACCAGUUGAUUCUUCACUGUCACAUAUGUUAGCAGUUGUGUUGUGAAUCUACAUCAUCAUUACAUUUUUGGACUCAUUAACAAUAAAAUCAUCCUCUUCCCUUUACGUAAGGAUAUAGUUUAACUUGUGAUGCCUCUUAAUUGGGGACAUGGACACCAAAAUUAAGCAGCUAGCAUUAUUUUAAGUAAAAGUGUAAUUCCAUGCCCAGAUUUUAGCAUUACCUUUAUGUUAAAUUGUUGUAGAGCCCAUGCUCUGCUUAAUCCUGUACUGUUAAAUCACACUAGCAUAGUCCUGCAUUGUCUGUCUGUUGCUAGCAUUGUUUUGAGUUGCAGUUAAUUCGAUUUAAACAUUUUAGCAUAAACUUUGUGAUAUUGCUAAUUUGUUAACUUACAAUUUGCCUCUGAUUGAUUUCCAAGCUAAUACUUCUUACAGGGCACAGCUGCUGUCCUAAUGAUGGGCCUAUACUAUCUUCUGUUACAGAGUCAUAAUAAUCUUCAAACUAACUGAUAAUAUCUUUUGCAGCAUCUGAAUAAAAUGUUAGCUGAACAGUAGGCUUACUGACUUAUGCAAGCUCAUGAUAAGCUAACACUUUAGCAUCAUUUUGUGUUGAAUUAUUCUAAAAUCUUUGGUCACUACUUAUCUCACACUACAUUAUGUGAUCGCAAACAAGCUGACACCUUACCACAGACCUUCACUCUGCAGUAGAGUACCAGCUUCUUACUAACAAUAUUUUGAGUGAAGACACUUGUUUAGCCAGCUCUUUAGGUUAACAAAAUAAACUAAAACUUGAGUGAGUGCAGACUACAUGCUAACAUUUUAUAUUUUUAGCGAUGGCAAGCUCCAAAUCAACAUUUACAGUACGUCAUGUUAUUUGUUGGGUUACAGCUAGUAUUAUUUUUCAGUGAGCGUACAGCAAUGCUAGCACUUAAGCAUAUAAUGCUACGUGUUGUGGUGCUCUACUGCAUGCUACCACAUUGAUGACAGUUGACUAAGUCGAUACCUAAAAAAAAUUAAUUAAAAAAAAUAUAAAGCUUCCAUGUUAGUACUUCAGUAUGCUUCAUUUGUAAUAUUUGGGUACACAAAACCUAGUAUUCAACAUCCAUGGCUAAUUUCGGUGUCUAUGUUCCUAUCAUUUAAUGGGUAAACUAUGGAUUCUGGAGUUGUAAAUGGGAAUAAUGGGGUCUCUUCUGCUCCUGUUUGUAUAAUUUUUACUGUUUUCUUAUUCUCACAUAUCCAUUCAGGGUUGACCCCUCCUGUUUGGGCAGUGCAGGAUUUGGGCUGGAGGUGGGGUAAAGUUAAAUAUUGGUUUUAAACUUAAGAUUGGGUUUAAAAGUGAUGACCUCAUGCAUUUGUAUUGUGUUGGAUGAAUAUAGUAUAUGUUGGAUUGGAAGUAACUUGGGAAUCAGCCAACAAUAUUCUGCUGUUUCCUUUUCUACAAUGUGAUCACAGCUAAUAAAAUGCAUUUUAUCAUACAGAUUUUGGAUGGGCUUAGAUUUUAAGCACUACAAACACUGUGUUUGCUGGGGCUGAUUUUGAUCUGUGGACAGUAAACCAAACUUGGUCUCCAGUGCCUUGUGAAAAAAUCUAUUUGUGAUAGCCACACAACUCAGUAUGAAAGAGCUAAGCUGGCAGGCAGUGUUUACAGGUUGUGGCUGUAUUUAUCGUGUUGAUUUUCAUCUUCAUAUCUUUAAAGAGAAAUCAUAUUUUGGUCUUCACAGUAAUCAUCCUCCCCAAAAAAUAUAGUGUCAUAGUUUGUAAGAAUCAUACAAUUGAAUUUUAACUAGCUGAAAUAAACUGCUAUGCAUUUACUGCUAAAUUGCCAUCUGAUCCAGUUGAAAUUAAGGCCUUUAUAUUCAUAUUUUGUUGUAUUUCACAUCUUAUAGCGUUUCAUCGCUAAUUAAAGUGAUUAAACAGAUCCCAUGAUAUUGUUAUUCUGAAUGAAUAUACAUCAUUUGAAGUUGAACCCUUUAAAACGUAGAUAUAGUACAGGCUUGAAAUUGUUUGCUGUGUUUCUGUUCUUCCAGGUGGAUGUGUAUGUUUUGGAUUUUAUCUUGACUCACUGUCCAUAUCACUCACUGUUCCAGACUGAUUUAAAUGCAGCAUCUUCACAACCUUUAACACUUCCUGCCCCAUAUUAUUUUUGAUAGCAUUCUUAUUUUUCAUACAUAUAAAAAAUAUAUAUAUCAGAUUUGAUGCAUCUGUCCUUUUUUGUAGCGUGAGCUUUUCUGAGGAAAUUUCCUAUCUGAAAUGAGACUGGACUGUUUUAUGAAAUAUUAGGAGGAGUUAUGUACUGUAGCUGCAACUUGUGAAUUCAGAGCACCCCUUUAAAAUUCAAUAAAUUUGAUUUGAUAGAC